UCAGGUCAGGUGAGGUGAGAUCAGUCGACGAACGAGAAUCAAUUAGCUUUAGCGUUCUGUAUCUAUAUAUUAUAGACGUAUGUCUAUAAGUACGUUCUAAAGGUGAUGCAGCUCGGUUGGCCUGCAGACGCGCGACACACGUCGUGCGAGCGACUGAGCUGCUACCCUCAACAAAUUCGCUUUAUAUCCACGUGCUCGGACCUCGAUAAGGCCGCAGGAUCGUCGGCUAUCUGCAUUUACAGAUAGAUCACAUGCGCAGAUCGGCCAGAUAGCGACUGGUCCAAUAUCCACGCACGCUUCAUUCGUCGGAACGAUUUUCCAAUUAGGGUAUACGUAUAUUAACGGGCUUUUUGCAUCUCUUAAGAUUCGUUAAAACGGCAUAGAAGACGCGUAGCAUGCUGUCACGGAAACACGUGCAUGGAAGCGGCGAUUUUGUGGAAAUGAGCGAGAGAGAGAUUGGGGCUGGGGAGCACGAGGUAGGGAAGCGAGGAGAGAGAGAGGGCGAGAGAGAUUGACAUAUUGAUUUUACGUUUCAUGUGUCGAUCGAUCGAUUUCAUCUCAGAAUAACACGGCGUACCUGCAGAUCGAACAAUGACUAAUUCGUCAGCGAAUACGAUCAUCGGAUGAGUCAGUUUCAUUGAUGAACAUAUGUUACUUCUAAUUGUUGUCUACCGUGCUUUUACUACGUCAUCGUUAAAAGUCAAAGAAAUAAAAAAGAGGAUGGGAAUAUCAAGAAGACUUUAUCAUGGAAAAACUAUACGAUUCGAGGAUACCUCACUGAUUCUGAUUUGGUUCCGCUUGUUUACUACACGAUGUUUCCUACGCUUUAAUUGCCUGAUAAUUCCAGUUGCUUUUAUUAGAGGGAUAUCUUGACUUUACACGUACACAUAUAACUGAAUAUUUAACACGAGUUGCGCGGAUCCGUCAGACGAUAACGCUUAUAAAUAAUAAAAGAUGAUGAUAAAAAAGAUGAUGAUGAUGAUGAUAAUAACAAUAAGACGCGUCAACCAGCUGGUAAAGAGUUGACAGGUAUGACUGGAUAUGACAAUGAAAUCGAGACUCAUGGAGGUGGUGUGGACAUGUCAAAAUACUACGUGAAUAAUACCGUAGGUAUAAAAUUAUCUAUUGAUACGUAGCAACCCUCUUAAAAGUUAUAUCGACUGUCCAGAGUAUUGGAACGCGAUCGGAACGGUCUUCGUGGCAAAAGUGGCAAAAGAUCUGUUACUCAAAGUUUUUUCUCGAAAUAUUUGCGGCAUGGUCUUCCCUUUUGACACUUGAAAUAAAUCCUACUUCCGCGUUGUGCCUCGGAUGUGCCGUUAUGGCCGCACCAGUGAGUACUCGGUGGUACACUCGGGUACUCGGGCACCCGAGCAAAUCGAGGACAAGGGCUACAGAACGAAUCCUUCGGAUGUAUCGGCGACUAUUGCGCGGGUCACGCUCGAGUAGCCACUGAUAAAAUUUAAGGACGAAUUGGUUACAUUAUAUAACGUGUGAUCCAGCAUCCAAAAACAUGGAAAAACGAGAGAUCAAGAAUGUCUCUAAUGCUCUCGAUAACAUGAAAUUUGGCUUGCACAGCUUCCGCCUCGAGGGUUCUCAUAAUAUUACGGGACCUGACGAACGAUCGAACGGCAUAUGGGAAUCGACUUCUGAAACGAAUAAGGACCGUCUGCCGCAGAUCUAUUUACGUGGGAGGUUGAAAGGUGCUUUCCUUCUCGAACGUAUAACAAGAGACAAGCGCGAUAACGUCCACCAUUAGUUACCAUCGUUGACGGGCUAUUCGAAAGCAUUCCAAGAUUUUUAGAGUUUCCUCCACGAAAUAUCCUGAAGCUUUAGCUGCCGGAAGCUGGAGUCUAUGAGAUUUUACGAAAUUUCACAGUGAGACCGAAAUGCCGAGGACAAAUAAUUAAAACGACGCAGUCUCUUCAGUCUCUUUGACCGAAACUCUACGUAAUAAUAGAGAUAGAGUGGAAGCUACUACUGCUACUGCUACUGCUGCUCCUUCGGUACGAUAAACGACGGCACAUUGAUACGAAUAUGUUCCCUUAAUUACUUCGAGGAAGUUUUUCCCUCAAAGACGAAAUCACAGAAGAUAUCUCAGUCUUUUUUUUACAGUUUCCGUUCUCCAUUUGAUGAACUGUUUUACGCCAUACAGAGUGAUCACCGUGGUAACGAUAUCCUAGUAACUUCUGACAUCGUUUGUUGUCAGAGACGCCAAGUUUAAGGACAAGAGACAAAUAAAGAGCUAUCACACUUUACUCUACACGAGGAAGCUUAAGGGAAAUGGACGUAAAGAUGCUCAAAUCUCUUGGAAUAAUAGCUUUUGACGGAUUAACGAAGAACGGUUUGUGUGUCCAUCCCGAUCAGGAGCACCUCAUUUAUCCCAUGGGACAUCAAGUCACGAUAAAAGAUAUUGCAUCGGGUAAACAAACGUUCUUAACGGGCCAUACAAAUCUGAUAUCAGCUCUGUGCAUUUCUGCAUGCGGUAAAUUCAUCGGCACUGGACAGAUCAGUCAUCUUGGUUUCAAGACAAUGGUCAUUGUCUGGGACUACGAGGAACGCAGUGUGAAGGGCAGUCACGAGAUUCACAAAGUUCGAGUGGAGGAUGUGUGUUUUUCACGAGACAGUAAUUACCUGAUAAGUUUAGGAGGAAGAGACGACGGUAAUAUCGUUAUAUGGGACGUGAUUAAGAACGAGGCAAUGUGUGGUGCCUUUGCGAGCAACGAGAUUGCGGGUAACGCGUUCAUCAUUUCGAGAACCAAUAAUCGUGAUAAAUGCUUUGUGACGGCCGGUGAUAAUACUUUUAAAGUUUGGCGAAUAGAUCCUGCUUCCCGCAAGGUUCACGGAGUUAAUGUUAAAGUGGGAAAACUUCGGCGGAGCAUAAACUGUAUCGCAAUUGAUGAGAGGGACGAAAAUGCAUACUGUGGAACUUCCUCUGGAGACAUUAUACGGGCAAGACUGAACUAUCAUCGCGAUUUGGCGCACACGGAACCAGUUCGGAAUCCGAUAAUGAUCGGAUGCUACUCCAAGAUACCAAAGGACUUGAAGAAAAUGAAAGCAGGCGAGGGUGAAUUGUACGCCGGUGGCGUGAGGGUUGUUUUGCUUCUAAAGGAUGGCAGAAUAAUUGUGGGAGCUGGUGACGGUACGGUAGAUCUCGUCGAGAUCAUAGAAAACGAUAUCAACGUGACAAAUAAGAGCGUGAAACUCCCAAACGCACCGCGCAUACAAUCGUAUUUGACCGAGAACGUGACAGGCUCGAUCACGUCUAUCGAAUUAUUAGGAACUCAAUUUAUAUUGGUUGGUACGAGUCGCUGUGAGAUUUAUCAAUUGAAACUGUCGAACUUUGACAUGCGCCUUUUAGUUACAUGUCAUACUAGUGCCAUAUACGACAUUGCAUUCCCACAUAAUUACUCCGAAGUAUUUGCCACCGGAAGCACGAACGACAUAAGAUUAUGGUGCCUCGAGACGCAAAAAGAACUCUUGAGAAUCGCAGUGCCAAAUUUCGUUUGUUCAAGCCUCUGCUUUUCUUACGACGGAAAAAUGAUUAUCUCAGCAUGGAACGAUGGAAUUAUAAGGGCAUUCGCAGCUCAGACUGGAAUCCUCGUUUUUCUUAUUCACAAUGCCCACAUCAAGGCUGUAUCGGCUGUUGGCAUAACGAAGGAUGGGAAAAAAAUAAUAAGCGGCGGUUGCGACGGUCAGGUCAGAAUCUGGGACAUAAGACCUAACGUGCAGCGUUUAUCCGCUGUUUUAAAAGAGCAUCGAGGAGCCGUAACAUCAUUACACAUUUCGCAGAACGACGAAAAUGCAAUAAGUUCAAGCACGGACGGAACGUGCAUCAUAUGGGACUUGACACUGGCAACAAGAAAAAAGGUUCUAAUGGGUAACACAAUGUACAUGUCGAGUCGAUUCAGUCCAAAUGGUGUUCAAAUCUUGACUUGCGGUACCGAUCGCAAAAUUGCUUUUUGGGAAACACUCGACGGCCUUAUGGUGCGCGAAAUUGAAGGUUCUACCGCAGGGUCACUCAAUUGUUUGGACAUUGGUCCAGACGGGCAGCAUUUUGUAACCGGUUCUAACGAUUGUAUUGUUAAACUUUGGGACUACGAUUCCGCGGAAACAACGCACAUUGGUAUGGGACAUGCAGCUAUUAUCACAGCGUGUAAAUUCAGUCCCGAUGGCAGAUGUAUUGUAACCGUGAGUGCCGACGGUGCCAUUAUGAUUUGGGAGUGUCCAUUCAUAUCUCAAUUCGAGGAAACAAGAAUUGAUAAAUGUUCGGAUAGCGUAGCAACACAAUCGACUUGCAGCAUCAGAGAGGAGGCGUGGAAUUAAGUCACGUUUAAAUUCAUUCAAUGACGAAGAAUAUGUUGUGAUAGAUACGACAUUUAAUUUCGAAGCGGUUGAUACAGUGUUAAGGUCGCUCCUUAA